AUGCCCCCUCCUGUUCGCGCCGCAGUUGUUUCAGCAGUUCCGGUCAUGCCUCGUCCUCCGAUGACCUCUGUGGUCCGUUUGCCUCCGGGGUCCGUCAUAGCCACCCCCAUGCCCCCCAUCAUCCACACCCCGCGCAUCAACGUGGUCCCCAUGCCGCCCUCGGCUCCUCCCAUCAUGAGCCCCCGCCCGCCGCCCAUGAUCGUGCCCACAGCGUUCGUUCCUGCCCCUCCUGUGGCUCCGGUUCCUUCCCCGGCGCCGAUGCCGCCUGUUCACCCGCCGCCACCGAUGGAGGAUGAGCCAGUCUCGAAGAAACUGAAGAGCGAAGACAGCCUCAUUCCAGAGGAGGAAUUUCUGCGCAGGAACAAGGGUCCGGUCACGGUCAAAGUCCAGGUUCCCAACAUGCAGGACAAGACGGAAUGGAAGCUGAACGGCCAAGUGUUGGUGUUCACCCUGCCGCUCUCAGACCAGGUGUCUGUUAUAAAGGUUAAGAUCCACGAGGCCACAGGGAUGCCGGCUGGGAAGCAGAAGCUGCAGUAUGAGGGCAUCUUCAUCAAGGAUUCGAACUCCUUGGCUUAUUACAACAUGACCAGCGGCUCCCUGAUUCACCUGGCGCUCAAGGAGAGAGGAGGCAGGAAGAAAUAG